AAUAAAUAGCGUUAGUCAUUCAUGUGUGCAAUCGAUCCGCCAACAUGAAAUAAUCACGUGACUAUGAUAAAAUUUGAAAGCAGAAAAUUCUGUUCACAAUCCUUUAACUAUCUAACUAGCUAUCUAUCUACUCUGAUAUAUAUAUGCAUACAAACAUAGACAUAUAAAGAGAGAUAACACAAAGCAUCCUGUACACAAUUGAUGAUAAUUUCAUCAAUGGGUUGGUCUGAUUGUACUCAAGGAAUAUGUAUGCUAUCACUAUUGUGGAGAAGAAAACACAGUCAGCAAAAGAAUGUCGUCGACAGAAAUAAUGCUGCGGCAUCAUCAGAUAGGCGCAUAAAAACAACAUACGCGCCUUUCAAUAGAUCUAAUAAUCUCUUACAGAAACCACCUAAUGAUAGUGAAUUUCAGAUAGAUAGGACUGCUGAACCAAAGGUACACAAUCAAGAUGAAAAAAUUCAGAAAGAUAAAAUCGUAGAAGACAAACACAACCCUAUUGAGAUGGCACAAUCACCACAGCAUAGGUGGUGUUCACGAAAACUAAUGAUAAUGACAUCAUUUCAAGAAAUUGAUUCAGAUCAUUACACCAUUGAGUCAAACAUGGACGCUGAUACUGUGCACCUAUUAAGUUUGACAACGCCUAAAUUAUUGAAUCAAAAUGGCGGGAAAGAAGGCGUUUCAAUGUUAAACAGAAUCGAGUAUUCUGAGAUUCAUCCUUUAGUGAUAGAAAAAAGUGAAGUGAUCGUUAACAAAAACACAUUAACUGAUGAAGAAGCUAAUCAACAACCUGAAAUAUCCAAUAAAACACCAAGAAGAAUGAUGACAAUGAUGAAGAGUAGAGCGUUGAAAAAAUUGCCUACCGGUAACAAUUUAUUAUCAUCACGACCAUCUAUGAGACAGUCUAUGCCUUCAAAGCCUUUAUCCACUAUCAAGCCGACAAUAAUAUCAGCACCGUCAAUACUUGUGAAAGAAAAUUAUCCAAACUUUUUGAAUAGUACAUUUCACCGACGCAUAAGAGAUAAAAUACUGAAAACUGAAGUGCUACGGGGUGCUGCUACACCAGAACAAACUAAAGAUUUACAAAUUGAAUUAGAAAGUCAAUUGGAUUGUGAUAUAAAUCAACGUGUCAACCGACCAAGAGUGAAUUAUCAAACUCCUAAAAAGUUGGAUGAUAUUGACAAUAGGAGUUGGCUUAAAGCAGCUCAUUUGCUAGGCAAGCCAUUGGAUAAAUCGGCUUAUUUUAUUCUACGUAUACGAAAAAGGCAUAAGUCAACGAAAACAACAACAACAACGAAAUUGGGUUUCAAGCAGAAUCGUAAUAAUCGAUUAGGUAGGCGAUUAACAAAGUCAUUAGGCUGUAUUAGGAAGCAAAUACAAUUACCAUAUGGAAAAAUGUAUGACUUUGGCAUAAAUACUUCGACGCCAGCGAUGACGCCUACUACUACGAUUAGACCUACUAGUGAAUUAAAAAAUCGAACACAUCAAAUCUCACAGGAAUCAAUAUUACAAAGAAUAAAUACACCAGAAAAGUUGGUAAAAAUGUAUGCUGCUGCCGCGUAUCGACUCUACACAUAUCCCAACAACGGAGAUGUUGAUAAUAACCUCGAUGAUUUAAUCAUAUGGACUUAUGAAGAAGAAAACAUGAAUGAAAGUGAAGAAUCUACGAGAAAUCAAGAUCAUAACGAAGAUAAUAAAAAUAAUAGUGGUAGUAGUAAUAGUAAUACUACUAAUAAUAAGAAAACUAAUUUAUUCCUGACCCUCAUACCAAUAAACUAUUAUUAUCAUCCUCAUGGUGAUCAAAAUCAACCGGCUACAAUCAAUGCACAGAAUAAACUGAAAAAGUCGCCGUCUUUAACGGAUAUAAUCUUACAAGGCAUAGAUUGGAAAGGUGAUCUACUCAUCUCUAGAGGAUUACAUGUAAGAAGUAUUUUUGAACAAGACGAAGAACAAUUUCUUGAUCAGUUAAUCACAUUGAAACGUUUAGAGUUAUUAACCCGACUAGAAGAAUGUGAAUCCACUAGAUAUUAUGAUGAAAUGAAAUGUCAACAGAAUGAUACACAGAAAUCAGUUGAUCAGAUAGGGAAGAGAUAUGACCAUCAAAUACCGCUAAAUCUUAAGUUGCCGCAUUCGAAUCUACCGCCAUUGAUGAUUAACAAAUCGAUUGAACAAAAACAAAACAUGAAAGAUGUUAUUGUACACUCAAUAAAGAAUUUUGAACACUUGCACAUACCGCAUAGGAUAUAUACUCAAAAGAGAAAUAUUCUACCAACUCAAAGAGUACUUUACAAGAUGCGAUCAUCAAAUAAAAUCAUACCAAUUGACAACAGGAAUGCAGUACUAGAAUAUUCUGAGGUGAAUACAAACAAUCCAGCUACAAAAUUGAUCACCAUCUUACCGAGUAUAAAUGAUGAUAAAAAGUUGAAGUUGACGACAGGGAAGAAAGCCUCAAAAAGUCUAAAAUAUCCACGGACUAUGCACAAAUGAAGAAUGGCAGAAAUAGAGUGAGCAAUAAUAUUGGUAUGCCGCACACCACUACCCCCUCCGCGUAAAAUACUCCGAUUUGAAUGAGCGCAACUAGGAUAUUAGUAAACAAUAAGCCAUAAAGACUACUAAUAAGACUCGUUUAUUUGAAAUUGGCUUUCACACUACUCGAAAUCUUAGUGACAGCAUCCAGAAAUUCACUCCUACUCAGCAGGAGGAGGAGGAGAAGGAGUUAAAACCUAAAAGCCCAAGGAAGGAGUACUUCGACGGAAAACAAAACAAAUAUGUCAUCACAGAUCGUGGAGGAUUCUAGGAUCCGUAUAUAUGUGCACGUUUUUGAAAGCUAAACUGUGGAGAAACCGGAUUGGUGUGAAAACAGA